AUGAAAUUAUUGUCAACUUUAUCGCUCACUUCAAUUGCAAUCGCAACAGCAAUAGAUCCAUAUCUUCCUAAUGUAUUUGGUAUUGAAAAAAGAGAUUUACAUUCUUGUUCACAAUCAACACAAGCAUGUAUUUAUGCUAAUGAACUUGAGUUGGGUUGUAAUGGGGAUGUAAGAGAUAAUGCCGUUCUAUUUAACUGUGUUUGUCACAAUGAAGUAGGUAAUCCUUAUAUUAAUGCAUGGCAAUCUUGUUUUAGUAUUUGUCUUGAUCCUAAAUAUGGUGCGGUGAGCCAAGUUGAUUUUUAUAAUGGUUACUGUUCACUCUUACCAGGUUGGACUAAAAUUGAUGGACCUCCUGCUUCUUCAAAUGUUGCACCAGCACCACCAGCUUCAUCAAAUGCCGCUCCAGCUCCACCAGACUCAUCAAAUGUUGCUCCAGCUCCACCAGCUUCAUCAAAUGUUGCUCCAGCUCCACCAGCUUCAUCAAAUGCCGCUCCAGCUCCACCAGCAUCAUCAAAUGUAGCUCCAGCUCCACCAGCUUCUUCAAAUGUUGUUCCAGCUCCACCAGCUUCUUCAAAUGUUGUUCCAGCUCCACCAGCUUCUUCAAAUGUUGCACCAGCUCCACCAGCUUCUUCAGCACCAGCUCCACCAGCAUCAUCAAACGUAGCUCCAGCUCCACCAGCUUCUUCGAAUUAUUUUCCAGCUCCACCAGCUUCUUCGAAUGUUGCUCCAGCUCCACCAGCUUCAUCUGUUGCAAUUUCAAUUGCCCCAGGUGCACCAUCAAGUGCUAUAGUUAUUUCAGUUCCAGGUUUUUCAAGUGAUGUUAUUCAACCACCACCAAUUUCAUCAGGUGUAUCAAGUGUUAUUGUUCAAUCACCUAAAUCAUCUGAUGUUGUAGCCCCAGUUUCUUCAGCUAAACCAGCUUCAAUUUCUUCAAGCAAAUUAGGACCAAUUUCAUCAAGUAUUCCAGUUUUACCAGCUAGUUCAUCAGGUUUUGCAUGGUCAAAUUCAACCGGUCCAAGCACUGGAUCAGGUAGUGGAUCAGGUAAUGGAUCAGGAAAUGGAUCAGGAAAUGGAUCAGGUAAUGAAGGAUCAGGAAGUGGAUCAGGUAAUGGAUCAGGAAGUGGAUCAGGUAAUGGAUCAGGAAGUGGAUCAGGAAAUGGAUCAGGUAAUGAAGGAUCAGGAAGUGGAUCAGGUAAUGGAUCAGGUAAUGAAUCAGGAAGUGGAUCAGGUAAUGGAUCAGGUAAUGAAUCAGGAAGUGGAUCAGGUAAUGGAUCAGGAAGUGGAUCAGGAAAUGGAUCAGGUAAUGAAGGAUCAGGAAGUGGAUCAGGAAAUGGAUCAGGAAGUGGAUCAGGUAAUGGAUCAGGAAGUGGAUCAGGAAAUGGAUCAGGUAAUGAAUCAGGAAGUGGAUCAGGUAGUGGAUCAGGUAAUGAAUCAGGAAGUGGAUCAGGUAGUGGAUCAGGUAGUGGAUCAGGAAGUGGAUCAGGUAGUGGAUCAGGUUCAAGUCCAAAAGAAAUAACACUUACAAUCACAUCAUGUAGUGAAGGUCAUUGUUCAGCUGCUGCAACUCUUACAACAGGAUUAACUACAAUUACUGAAGCAGACACUACUUAUACAACUUAUUGCCCAUUAUCAACUGCAAAAGAAACCAUUGAAGCUGCAUCAAAAACGAUCGUUACAAUUACGUCAUGUUCUGAAGGUCAUUGUACUCCAAUUUCAACUUUUACUACCGGUGUAACAACAAUUACAAAUGAUUAUACAACAUAUACAACUUAUUGUCCAUUAUCAAGUGAAUAUGAAAUAACUUAUAUUACUAGUGUUUCAGAAGGUUCAACAUACAUUCAUACUUCAGGUUAUAAAUAUAUCUCAGAAGCAGAAACAAUCUACACUACUUAUUGCCCAUUGAGUGUUCCAACUACUGUUAUUGAAUCUACUGAAGGAGGUAUUGUUCACACAUAUACAACUGGUUAUACUAUUGUUAGUGAAGGAGCAAAAACAUAUACUACAUAUUGUCCUACUGAAGUCCCAACUACAAUUAUUGAAUCAACAGCUGCAGGUGGUGAAGUUCAUACUUUUACAACUGGUUGGUCAGUUGUUACUAAAACUGCUACUGGAUAUACUUCAUAUGUUUCUUGGACACCAGCACCAACAGUUGCUGCUGAAUCCAUUUCAGGAUCAACUGUAAUUGGAUCACACGAAUCAGGAGUCAUUUCAGUUCAAGAAGGUUCAGGAUCGGGUUUAAGAUUCUCAUUAUUAGCUGGUUUAAUUUCAUUUAUUGGUGCUUUAUUUUAG